UUUACGGAAGAAAAGCUUGGCCAGGCAGAGAAGACAGAAUUGGAUGCUCACUUAGAGAACCUCCUUAGCAAAGCUGAAUGUACCAAAAUAUGGACAGAAAAAAUAAUGAAACAAACUGAAGUGUUAUUGCAGCCAAAUCCAAAUGCCAGGAUAGAAGAAUUUGUUUAUGAGAAACUGGAUAGAAAAGCUCCAAGUCGUGUAAACAACCCAGAACUUUUGGGACAGUAUAUGAUUGAUGCAGGGACUGAGUUUGGCCCAGGAACAGCUUAUGGUAAUGCUCUUAUUAAAUGUGGAGAAACACAAAAACGUAUUGGAACCGCAGACAGAGAGCUGAUUCAAACAUCAGCUUUAAACUUUCUCACUCCUUUAAGAAACUUUAUUGAAGGAGAUUACAAAACAAUUGCUAAAGAAAGGAAACUACUACAAAAUAAGAGACUGGAUUUGGAUGCUGCAAAAACCAGACUAAAAAAGGCAAAAGCUGCAGAAGCUAGAGCUUCACAACUAAACUCAGCUCGCCUUGAAGGAGAUAACAUUAUGGUAAAUUUCUCUUACAUGCUCAACUUCCUGCAUGUAAAAUGGCUAAAGGCUGAACAGGAACUGAGAAUAACUCAGAGUGAAUUCGACCGUCAGGCAGAGAUUACCAGACUUCUGCUGGAGGGAAUCAGCAGCACACACGCCCAUCACCUCCGCUGUCUGAAUGACUUUGUAGAAGCCCAGAUGACUUACUAUGCACAAUGUUACCAGUACAUGUUAGACCUCCAGAAACAACUGGGAAGUUUUCCAUCCAAUUAUCAUUGUAACAACAAUCAGACUUCUGUGGCACCUGUACCAUCUGCUUCAUCAAAUGCAACUGGUUCUUCUGCCUUGACUUCAACAAGUGGCCUAAUAAUGACCUCUCCUUCCAGCCUUAUUGACCUUAAGGAGGGCAGUGGCAGCAGGAAGGCCAGGGUUCUGUAUGAUUAUGAUGCAGCAAACAGUAGUGAGUUAUCACUUCUGGCAGAUGAGGUGAUCACUGUGUUCAGUGUCGUUGGAAUGGAUUCAGACUGGCUAAUGGGGGAAAGGGGAAAUCAGAAGGGCAGGGUGCCAAUUACCUACUUAGAACUGCUCAAUUAAAUAGGUGGACUAUGGAGAGAUUAUCCAUCAUGACACCGUAUUUAUAUACAAUUAACUAAAUAAAGCAGGUUUAGUAUCUUCCAUGUUAAUGUCUUAAAGAGACUGAAAAGAAAACACCAGCCAUCAGAAACUGGCUUCCUGCCAAUAAAAUUGCAUGGUAACUAUUUCAUUACAGAAUUUAUGUUAGAGCUUUCAUGCCAAGAAUGUUUUCUUAUAAAAUUAUCUUUCUACUGAGGUUUCACUAAUAAGCAGCUUCUACUUUUGAGCCCCAACUUAAAGCAGAAGAACUGUUUUCUACUGAAUUUUUCAUUAAUGGCAAGCUUCUUUUCUGUAAAAUAAAUUUAUUGUGAAUUGAUAUCAGUGACUCGUUUAUUAGGUAUAGCCAAAGAAUAAAAUUAAAAUUUGUUUUUAACUGUUGGUUUCAAAAGAGAUCUAGGACAUAAACCUCUUUUGUGAAGAAUAUGUUUCUGAAUGCUUCCAUGAACAGAAAUGCAGUUAUACCAUGUUUACCUUGUUUUCCAACAGAAAUUGAAUGAUUUCAAUACUGUGUUUCGAUGGGUUAUUUUGUGUUGUGGUUUUUUUUAAUAUUUUAUUAAACACUACUGAAUGAUUUCUAUUAAAUUUAAGAACAACUAGUCUUUGAAAAGCACUACCAUAUUUCUCUGGUAUAUUUGCAGUAAAGGUUCCAAAACAUCUGAGGCAAGUUCAGUUCACUAAGCAAUGUUUAAGUUUGUUCAACUGGCACAGUGCAUGAUUAGAAUUGGACUCAUUAAGAAUAUACUGCAGUACAGUAAAGAGAAUUUGUUCUUAUUGAACAACAAAUCUUUAUAAAAAUACAGACUAGUGCAACUAUAUUCAUCAUAGAGCAAAGUGUAUACAAAUAAUCCACUUUUGGUUACUCUGAACCUACUAAUAAAAUUUUAAAAAUUUAUUAAUGAACUUGGGUUAUCUUGAUCAGGAUCUGUAGUUAAGAAACACACACUAAUGAAAUUAUUAGUGACACACUUUGAGUCAGGAAAUUGUUAUUUGGACCAUUGCUGUGAAUCCACAGAUUGUUUCCAUGUUGGAACUUCUGUCAUUCUUAGUCUAUCAUUCAGUAAGCAUUUGUUGAGGUCCAGGUAGUAUGUUACCAACCGAACAAGAUGCAGAAUCAGUGUCAAUGUCAUGAUAGAAGGUAUAGGGUACUGUGUUUUGGAGCUUUGGGAGUCACCUGAUUCAGAUUUGGUGAGUGGAAGAUGGUUUGAAGAGGAAGUGCUUCAGAGGGGAAAAGAUGUGCCAGGCCUAGAGCCAAAAGAGUGUAGCACAUUCUGACAGCUGAAAGUAGUUCAGGCACUUACACAUGAAGCGCAAAGGUGUAGCUCAUUUCUUGAGGGAAUGUUAAUGUAUCAAAAUGAUAUUUUUUGGUACUUUAAAAAAUUAUAAAUACUUAAAAGGAUAUGUCAAAAUGGUAUUUAAGAGUUCCUAAUAACUUGGUAAACAUGUUGAUAAUUUAGCUCACAGUAUAAACUUAACCAGUAGUUGUUACCUUUGUAUUUCGGUGCUGUGAGACAAAUUCCUCUGAAAUUUUAUAGUUGUACAAGACACUUUGAUUCACACUGUGAAUUGCCAUACUCUUAACCCAAAAGCUGCUCAGGCUGGUUAGUUAGCUAUAGAACCAAGUGAGCAAAGCUUUCUUUUUCCCCCAGGAAGGAAGUUCUACCGACAGCCUAGAGUACUAUGUAUUAUGUUAUGUAAAGUCAAGAUUUAGGCUUUAAAGAUCAUACCAAAAAAAUCAGAUCAACUUAAGCAGCAACUAUAAAUUAGGUUUAUAGGAAGUAGAGUAGUAAAGGGGAAAGAGUAUGGACACUGGAAUGGAAUGGUCCUGGAUUCAAAUCCAGUCUUCCUCAUAUACUAUGUUCUUGAACUUCGACUCAGAUGAUGCAUAAACUGCUGUUUCCUUAGUAAAAUGGGAAUAUUAUGCCACCUUGAGGUUGUUACUAUCUUAUAUGUUAGGCAGCUUUUAAGGAAAGUUUUGUCAUGUAGUAGAAAAUUUCCUAAAUAUCAGUUUCCCCUUACUAGCCCUUGUAGCUUCCUGACCUACCAAGACUGUAGGCCUCAUUUAUGACUGUACCAGAGAUACCUCUUUUAUAUAUGUGAUCUGAUAUGUUGUUCUCCUAUCCUAUCCUCCACCCUCUUUAGAUCAGACUCAGAUCUAGGUUUAACCUCACCACAGUCAGUGUAAAUUUUUAUCAACCUUCUGCCUUCCACUAAGUAUCAACUAUAGAAACCCAGUAAUGUACAUUAGCCUUCAAUAAUGCUAAGGUUCAAAGGCUUCUUGUGCCUUUGUUUACCACAAAUCUACCACAACAUGUGGAUUUGUUCUUUUUAUUGCUUUUUUAAUGGGUUUUGUGUGAUUGGUUGGUUGGGGGGUUUUUUGUUUUAAAGUCAUAGAUUUAAUUUUUACUCAGGUAAAGGCCCAUAAAGUUUCUCAGGCACGGAAGAAAAGCUUGGGAAGCCUUUUAAUUCACAGUGCAAUUCAGAACUAUUUAAAUAAACACUGUGCCCCGGAGUUUAGGUAUAGUAAUAUGUGAAGGAUAUACAUGAAUAAAAUAAACUUGGCAAUAAUUGUAGGCUCUUUUACAAACAGAAAAAUAAGUGGUUGGAUUGUAUCUACAUAUGUCCUUGAAGUAAUCUGACCUAAAAGGCCAUGGUGUUAAAUCGUUUUUUAUGGUGCUAAUUAGAAGAAUUCAUAUUGUAGGAGAUUAGGCCCCAGAAAUAGGACUCUGCCUCAUUCCAGGUAACUUGAGAAAUAAGAAACCUGAAUCCGGUAGAUGAGAGUCCAUCCUCAUAGUCUGCCGUUACCCUCCAGCCAACAAGCCAAUGUGAAUGUAGGAGCUAAUAUUGGGAGACAUUUCUGAGAUAAACUGCGGGGAAGGUGAUGGAGUGCCGGACAAGAAGCAACAGCUUUGUGCACUUAGGCUCAGCUUUGUUGACGGGAUUCCUCAGAAAUCCCUGCUGUACCUCCCAAAUGCCUGAAAUCUUGAAAUAUGUUGCCCUAGUAUGUAGCACUUCAAGCCUGGGUGAGGAGCCAUAAUAGAUAGAUUGCUUUGCAGUUUGACUACAGCCAGCUUUGUCUCAACCCCUUCUCCACCCCUAGAGACUCAAAAAGGGAGGAGGGAUUUUCAAGAGUGCACCAGCCCUUUUCCCACAUAGUCCUAAUUAGAAAAUCUACUCUGGGCAGUGGUUCCCAGUGUGAGAUCCCAAGACGGGCAAUUGCAGCACCACCUAGGAACUUGUUCAAAAUGCUAAUUUGUACUUCCAAGUAUUUUCUACCUUAAUUUGUACUGAUUUUUUUUGUAAGGGGAUAUAGAACUAGUCUUAGUUCGUGUAACAUUUUUAAGGUAUCUUUUAAGAUAAAAAUUGUCUUUGUUCUAGCAUUAAUCAAAAUUAUAGUUAUAUAGUUACUUUUAUAAUUUAUUUGUUUAGUAUAUAUUGAUCACUUAAGAAUGUAGGCUUUUUGAGAUACAGGCUAUAAUUCUUUUUAUCACAGUUAUUAGCACAAGGCCUAGCACAUAGUGUGUACUCAAUAAAUAUUUGUUGAAUGAAAAAAAAAUGCUGUUCCUAAGCCUUAUCCAAGAUCUACUGAAUCAAACUCUAGGGGUAGUACCUAGCAACCUGUUUUUACAAACCAUAGGUAAAGGUAGAGAACCACUUCAGUAGAACAAAGAAAAGUUGCCUCUCACCUUCAGGGCUAUUAUUGGACAUCACUUGAGGAAUUCCUGCCUUCUGCACCUGCACCAAAAACUGCUGCCUUAAGUGUAGAAGAACCUUGCUGGGCUGUCUUACGAGUGAGUGUGAAGGUAGAGGGCACGCUCAGCUAAGGAAAGGAAACACUGCUUGGAAUGCUGUGGGGGUUACUAGGAUAGUCUGAAGAAGGGUAAGCACUACUACCACCCACAUGUCCACUCGACACACUGACAGUUUGGCAUCAAAACACCCUGACAAACCAUUACGGUGGUAUCAGACUAGCAUGUGCCUCCCUGUGACUCGGGUUGCUAAGCUCUGCUCUCAUUCCCACUUCAAAGGAGGCUUGUUUAAGAAUUGUUAAUGCUUUCUUAAUAAUACAAGUCAGAUGUGUUGGUAAAAAGGAAAAUACAUGAAAAUAUAGCUUAAAAGAUAAAAAUCACCUAUAAUACCACCAUCCAGGGAGAACAGUUAUUUAGGUGCAUAGCCUUCCAGACCUUUCCGUGCUUUUAUAGAUUUUUUUAAAUGGGAUCAACUUGUACAAACUGUUUUGUACCUUUUUCACUUAACACCAUGACCAUCCUGCUGUGUCAAAUGUAUUACUGCAUCUUUUUAAUGGCUGCAUGGUAUUCCAUCGUAUGUGCCACAUUUUAUUAAACUGUCGAUCUCUAGGUUGUUUCUAAUUUUUCACUAAUAAACUGCUUUAAAGAA